AUGAGCUACAACGAUAACAACGACUCCUACGGCUCGGGAAGCCGCUCUGGAGGCCGCUCUGGCGGUUUCGGAGGAAACGAUGACUCCUAUGGAUCAUCAGGUCGUGGUGGUAGCUCGUACGGCUCUGGUAACAAUGACUCUUAUGGAUCGAGCAACAAGAGUGAUUCAUACGGAUCCAGCAACAACGACAGCUCUUAUGGAAGCUCUCGUGGAGGCCGUGACAAUUCGGACUCUUACGGAUCUAACAACAAUGACUCUUACGGAUCUGGCAACAAGAAUAGCUCUUACGGAUCCAGCAACAAUGAUUCUUAUGGAUCCAGCAACAGCGACUCUUACGGGUCGAGCAACAAGAGCAGCUCUUACGGAUCCAGCAACAAUGAUUCAUAUGGGUCUAGCAACAAUGACUCUUACGGGUCGAGCAACAAGAGCAGCUCUUACGGAUCAAACAACAACGAUUCCAACAACGACUCCUACGGAUCCAACAAGAAGAGCAGCUCCUAUGGCUCUAGCAACGACGACUCGUACGGAUCUAGCAACAACGAUUCAUAUGGAUCUAGCAACAAGAACUCUUACGGCUCUGGCAACAAUGACAGCUCUUACGGCAGCUCUCGUGGAGGCCGUGAUAACUCUGACUCCUAUGGAGCAAGCAACAAUGAUUCCUAUGGAUCUAGCAACAAGAACAGCUCUUACGGAUCAAGCAACAACGACUCAUACGGGUCAAGCAACAACGACAGCUAUGGUAGCAGCCGUGGUGGACGUAACAACGACGACUACUAA